AUGGAUAGCAAUCUUCCAGUCAAGAACCUCGCACUUAAUCCGCCUCCCCUCUCCGAGUUGGGUCAAGUCAUUGGUGAGCGAUUGAGCCGGCAUUUUGGUCAUGUCGUGGCCAAUGUUGUUCCCUGUCCCGAUCUGCGCCAGCCGCCCUUCCAUCUAGCUGGGGAAGGCCUUUGCGGCAACGAACGUAUUGCAGAUAUCGGUGGGCCUCCGCAUCUACGGCCGUCUCCACGCCUGGACAAGAAGUACUCACUGCCGAACAUAAUGGGAGUAAUCGAAACGGGCCAGCAAAGCUUUGUUUUGGGUGCAGCCGCUGGCCCAUUCCACAUAAUCGGACAGAACUCCGAACUCAUGCCGAAUCUGGCACGCGGACCUGAUGGUGAGUGGCAGAACGAGACGCACUACGCAAAGGUCAACGAAGAGGGGCAAUGUCAACUGGCCAAGGUGCCCGACGACUCCAAAGACUUUGGCUUGAUGGCCAACCUGUUCGCUUCCGACGGCCUACCAGGAGAAGUCAUUCAUGUUCGGGCGAAGCGCCGGACAGGCGACCUGAACUUCACGGAAGCGAUUCAAGAUGCACUGAAAACAGAAUAUGGCGGGCGGCCCAUCAGCAUCGGCGGCGUCUUCCUCGUUCGUAGUGGGAGGACCAAACUCCAUGUCAUGACUGACUUUAGUCCCGAUCCUUGUCCCGGGCCCGAUCACGAAUGGUUCAAGUAUUAUGACUCGUCAGCGCCGUUGAUCUGUCUCACCGUAUUCCACUCGGCGGACUCAGAGGGCUGGGAUUUGCGCAUGGAGCACGCGCAUUGCUUCUCGACCCAUGGGAUGGGUGGACAUUACCACUACGAUACGACGGCAGAAGAAGUCGAAUAUGAAGCCUGGCUGAAUACCGCUAAGCUGCUUUAUCGGAUUGACCAGCCCGGGCAGUGA